UAAAUUCUUACCUUGACUUGCUGUUGCUUAGUAAUCGUGCCUGCGAUUGCUGCUUGACAUGAUCUUUCUUUGGCUGUUAUUGUGGUUUUCGGUGCUCAAAUUCUACCGGGUGUUUAUUAGAUAGAGGCUUCGGUUUGGUUGGUCACAGGUGCAGACUAGCCUAACUUUCGAGAAAGCCAAAGCCUUGCGCCUAGAAUGAUUACAAGCUUAAGGCUAGGCCAUUACAACCUAACACCCCUCCAGCAAGAUAGCAACUAACGGCCGCUAGAGGCAAGUAUAAUAUACACACCACUAAAAAAGCCUUUCAUCUUCCAACACGUGGCUGACCAGUGGAAACGUUUGUUGUGAUUCUUGAAGACGGCCCAACAAUGGUGCUGCCUCACAUCACUGUUGAAGACACCCUUGCAGCACUGGGGCAUUGCCUCCCCCUCCGUGUAGGCCAUAUCCGGCAUGUCCCACACAAUGAAGAGGCAGGCCAAAUCCGGCCUGUCCCACACAAUGAGGAGUUAGCCCUGGCAGGCCUGAGAAGAGCGCGCAAGAUGCCCUGCCCAUGCUGAAACUCACUGACUAAUGUCGACGGCCUGCAUGUUGCAUUGCCACAUGUUGCUGCACCCCAUGUGUAUCACAAUGAAUACCCAAGCUACCAGAUGUCGUCCCUGUUUGUUUCAGCUUCAGGGCAGUUUUUUGACUAAAAAAAGCUAAAACAAACAGCUAUUUUAGAACAAUUGUACUGUUUCGGGCUAUUUUCAGUGUAACAGCUCAAAGCAUGUUUUGGUGUACUUCACAGCCAAAGCUGUUUCCCUUGCCCCUCCAACAUUUGGUGUUUGGUCGUAAUUAUGUCAUAAAGGCCACAACAGGCAUGAUCUAUUUUCCCCCUUCGCCCCCCUCCUCGUGAAACAUAGCGUUUUCACCAGCUCACAGUCGUUUCCGCAGCUACAUUUUUUUGCCUAACAACUAACCUUCACUACAGCUGUUUCCUCAGCACAGCAGUUUUGCCAGCACAGCAAGUCCACAGCUGAAUCUGUCGAAACUGAAGCCCAAACAAACUCGUCAUCUGCAUUGCCUGAAGCUGAUGCAGAUCAGCUUUCAUCCUUGCACCGCCGGCGCAGAGGAUAGGUUGGCUGCUCUUAAGUCCAAGGACAAGGAACAAGGGGCAGGCACUGCAAAGCCUGAUCCCAACACCGAGGUUCUUUUCUUAUGCAGCUAUGAUGGCUGUGGGAAAACUUUUGUUGAUGCAGGUGCUCUUAGGAAACAUGCCCAUGUGCAUGGGGAGAGGCAGUAUGUGUGUCACUACGAGGGAUGUGGGAAGAAAUUUUUAGAUAGCUCUAAGUUGAAGAGGCAUUUUCUUAUUCAUACAGGCGAGAAGAACUUCGUCUGCCCUCAUGAAGGUUGUGGCAAGGCUUUCUCAUUGGAUUUUAAUUUAAAGGCACACAUGAAAACCCAUUUUGCGGAUAACUAUCAUAUGUGCCCAUACCCAGAAUGUGGUCGAAGAUUUACACAGGAAUCUAAACUAAGGGCUCAUUUCAGGGCACAACAUGAGAAGUUUGGUGCGCAGAACCUAGGUGGGCCUGUAAUGAACCCAGGUGGGCCUCAUAACACAUUGAAAUCUCCCGUAACACCGCCAGUUCCCUCAGCUGAUCGUCCGUAUGUUUGUCCUUAUGAUGGGUGUGGCAAGGCGUAUAUUCACGAGUACAAACUUAACCUCCAUUUGAAGAAAGAACAUCCUAAUCACUAUUCAAAUGCUGGUGCUCAAGCUGGUUCGUCGAGGGGCACCGUGUCGAAGAAUUCCCGUAGAAGUAAGCCGAACCUCAUGACUAGCAUGCCGCUCGCCAAGAUCCCUAAGCGCAACGGAUAUACGGUGCCAUCAUCUUCAGUUGUCACUGUCCCUGAGGAGCAUCAGUGGCCAAGGAAGGUAUUGUAUGAAGCCGAUAGUGAGGAGACCGAGGAAGAGGGAGAUAACAUGGAGGAGGGGGGAUUGGGAUAUAGGGCUGGUAGCGGCGACGAUGAUGAUGAGACGGAGGAAGAAGAAUGAGAGCUAUGGGUUGCUGUGCUCAUAGCCGGACUGGAUUAUAGUUUUGCAUAUACAUGUAACAAUACAUAUUAUGGGUGGCUAGUUAGGUAAGUAGAAAUUUAUGGGUUUCAUACUUGCAUGUAGGCGUCUCAUUGUAAGGUCUCGUUGUAAGGAUAUUAAUUAACUUAUCUCUACUCCUAA